CACAUCUGCUUUACAGCAAUUGAAAGAGCGACAGGCAACAUGGCGACUUCAUCCAGCAACAUCAUGGGGGCAGAUGAUGGCACGAUGGAAAAUACAGAUGGUCCUUCCGCGGAGCCUAGUGGCCCUACGGAGGAGUCUUCUUCUCCAGAAGAUAUACCCCAGAAGAAACCCGUGUGUCUUAUAGUCCUGGGCAUGGCUGGGUCUGGAAAAACAACUUUUGUACAGAGACUGACUGCGCACCUGCAUUCAAAGAAGUCCCCUCCUUAUGUUAUCAACUUGGAUCCAGCAGUGCACGAAGUCCCUUUCCCCGCCAAUAUCGAUAUUCGCGACACGGUCAACUACAAGGAAGUCAUGAAGCAGUAUGGCCUGGGUCCCAACGGAGGCAUAGUGACCUCUCUCAACCUGUUUGCAACACGCUUUGAUCAGGUGAUGAACUUCAUUGAGAAGAAACAAUUCAAUCAUGAGUAUGUGCUGAUCGACACACCUGGCCAGAUAGAAGUGUUCACCUGGUCUGCGUCUGGUACCAUCAUCACAGAGAGCCUGGCCUCGUCCUUCCCCUGUGUGGUGGUGUACGUCAUGGACACGUCUCGCAGCGUGAACCCCGUCACCUUCAUGUCCAACAUGCUGUACGCCUGCAGCAUUCUGUACAAGACCAAGCUGCCUUUCAUCGUGGUCAUGAACAAGACGGACAUCAUCGACCACAGCUUCGCCGUGGAGUGGAUGCAGGACUUUGAGGUGUUCCAGGACGCCCUGAACCAGGAGACGUCCUACGUCAGCAACCUGACCCGCUCCAUGAGCCUGGUGCUGGACGAGUUCUACACUCACCUGAGGGUGGUGGGCGUGUCUGCGGUGACGGGCAGUGGAUUAGAUGACUUCUUCGUCCAGGUGGCAGAGGCUGCCAUCGAGUACGAUACGGAAUACCGGCCGGAGUAUGAACGCCUCCACAGAGAGCUGGCCGAGGCCCAGAGCAAGAAGCAGGGGGAGCAGCUGGAGCGGCUGAGGAAGGACAUGGGCGCGGUCAACAUGCAGAACACGGCGCCAACUACAGAGGAAAGCAACAUAGCCGGGCCGAGUGACCUCAUCUUCACCCGCGGUAACCCUGACGACACGGACGACGACGAAGACAGCGACACGGACGACAUAGACCACACCGUGACCGAGGAGAGCAAGCAGGGUGACGCCUUCAGGAACUUCCUGAAGGACAGGAAGGAAGUGGUCCAGGUUCGAAACACCAGGACGUCCGGGGCUCCUGAGGCGCCCUGAGCAAGGGACCCCGCGGUGACCACGGCGACUGCGUUGAGUGCUCCAAGGCAAUGUCGAGUGGAAGAUGGUGGGCAGUUUUGAGUGUACCCCCUCAUAAGACUAUGUAUGUACCGCCCGUAAGGUGAUGCAGCAGGUGAGGGAAGGGGAGAGCGGGCUGUGUGCUUCACCUCUCUCACCCACGCAGGUCCAGAACCGGAAAUAAAGUGACUUCACACGGAGGUCAUGACCGCUUGCAUCAGUGUUUUCCUUCCAGAGAGUGCAGUUAUGUAUCGCUAAGGGGCUCCUAAAUGACAAGGGUACGUCUCAAAACUCUCCGCAGCAGUUGCGUUUUC